AUGUGUAGUAAGACGAGCAAUGGACGAAAGUAUGGAGAUGAUUACUCUGGUUUGUGUCCCAAGAAACAGAAACAUAACAAUGGAAGAAGAAGAGUCCCACGAAGAGGUCCUGGUGUCGCUGAACUCGAGAAGAUCCGUCUCGAAGAACAACACAACGCCCCUUCCGUACAACUCUCAUCUCCUUCUCCUCCUCCUCCUCCUCCUCCGCGGGAAAAACCUCCGACAUCGUUUCUUCCGACAUCAUCAUCCACCGAGAGAACCGGCCCGGUUUACCCAUUCCCGUCUUAUUUCUCUACCGGAUCUUUCCCCGAUGAUUUGAUCCCUCAGGCUCCGAUUUUUCAGAGGAAUCACGAUCCCUCUCUUCACUAUCUCCCACCGAUCUUGGCUGCGAAGAGGCCAUUGCACUUUCUCUCAGAGACCACAAAAUGUAGUGUUGUACCGACCAUGACCAUCUCAAGAGAUGAUGGUAAACAAAUCAAGUCAGUAGACCAAAGAUUGAAAAAUCAUUUUCAAGAUUCAGGAACCACAAUUCGAAAUCCAAUCACCAUUGAUUCUCCUUCUCCCUCAACUCCUUCUACACCGAUGAUCCCACUCCAUUUCCCGCGCUUCUUACAGGUAAUAAUGCAGUUUCAAUAUGUUCUCUAUCAUGAGUUUGGUUGA